AUGGGUGACAGCCGGUCAAGAGUAACAAGCUGGCUAGGAGUACGAAGCUUAUCGAACGUAUCGAGCUUGUCGACGCGAUCGAGCUCGACCUCAAGCAUUGUGGGCGAUAGCCGUUCGCGGGUAGCAAGCUGGAUGAAGGUACGAAGCUUAUCGGACGUAUCGAGCUUAUCGAGCCUGCCGACGCAAUCAACCUCAUCCACAAUCACGUCCAUCGCCGCGGUCCCUCACGAGAACACACCCUUCAGCCAUUUGACCAUCCUUCGGGGUAUACACAGCACCUUGAUCGAAAAGUCCUAUCCGCAAAAACCAGAUAUCAGUCCCUCGGUUCUCGGAAGCCUCAGCGAGAGGAUAGUCGAACGUGUCCAACAGGAGAUCGCCACGAUCGUGUCGACUGACGGUUUCGGUCCCGGAACAGACUGGGAUCGGCGCGUUCUUAGGCCGAUAAUCGCGACGUUCGAGAUCAAAGAGAACCUCGGACUGUGUCAGGGGGAUGCAGAGUACGUGUUCCUGCUGGUUGCUGUGCUGUCAUUAGCGUACGAACUCUUGCUCUUAGCAGAUAAGAGCAAGGCAAGUAAAACGCAUGCAUUCCUUGAACAAGUGUUCGACGAGUGUUUCGUAGAGCCAGAGAUCUGCCGGACAAUCGGACUUAUACUCGACGCUGAACGGGAGCGACUGGCUCGAAUGAAGGCCGAGAUCAAGACAACGAAGGCGAUCCAGGAUAUGCGGAUGCUGCUGCCCGAGAUCAACAUGUGCAUAACGGCGUGGGAUUUGAACAUGCUCCGCAGGCUGCGAAUCAGCGAUGUUUCGAGUUACGUUCGACGACAUGUGCGCAUGUACGAUGUGCCGGAGCCAGAAGUACGCAUCUCUAGAUGGAGCGACGAAGCGGCCACCACGUUCUUCAAAGAAGCUGGCACAUUCGCACCAGUGCGAUAUGCUGCCGAGGCCGCUCCCGAUGUGCAGGUGAAGGUCUUCCUGGAGCGCGGCUGUUCAUUGCCAAUCUACUUCGUAACAUCCAUCGCCUUCCGUGGGGAUCGCGCGAUAAUACACACGUCGGAGGGUCUGAGUAUGGAGCUCGAGGAAGGCUGUUCGAUCUCUUCAAUUACUGGGGUCUGCGACCGGAUGCGCCUUACGAAAUGGGAGGGUUCCAAAGAUGGCUUCAUUGGUACGAUGUCCAUUCCUCCGGGUUGCUCGUAUCGUACGGCCAACGUGACCGGCGUAGCCGAGGGAAUAAGCAAUACGCUCCUGACGGUUAUUGAUACAGCGACUGCUACGUUCGAAGUGGAUGGAGACAACUAUCGUAUCAGGCCUGUGAACUUCGGUAGUAGUAUCGUGGUGGAACAUCGCUGUCAGUAA